ACUGGCUCGUUGUCCCCGGCCGAUGGUGAUCGGACGAUGUCCAAAAGCUCUGCUUGUGAAUCCCUGCAAGAUAAUGAACAGCCCAAAAUCAAAACAAGUACAUCACACCCUGUUGUAAGAGAUAGGCUUGCAGAUAUGGAAUUAAUGAAGGAAAGGUUUUCAAAGAUGCUUCUUGGUGAGGAUAUGUCUGGUGGGGGUAAAGGUGUUUCGUCGGCUCUGGCAUUAUCAAAUUCAAUUACUAACUUAGCAGCUUCCGUAUUCGGAGAACAGAGAAGAUUAGAGCCUAUGGUACCAGAGACCAAAACAAGAUGGAGAAAAGAGAUCGAUUGGCUCUUAUCUGUCACAGAUCACAUUGUUGAGUUUGCUCCAAUGAAACAAACGUCGAAAGAUGGAACUACUAUGGAGAUUAUGACAACAAGACAGAGAAGUGAUCUCCGCAUGAACGUUCCUGCCUUACGCAAGCUCGAUGCAAUGCUCCUAGAUUGCUUGGACAACUUCAAAGGCCAAACUAUAUUCUAUUAUCCAUCAAAGCAUGAUGAAGAAUCCCAGAAAGGAACACCACCAACAAGACAAGAUGAUAAAUGGUGGAUUCCCAAACCUAAGGUCCCCUCGAAUGGUCUGUCUGAUGCCGGAAGAAGUUGGCUGCUAAACCAGAAGGAUGCAGCAACCCAAGUAUUGAAGGCUGCUAUGGCAAUAAAUGCUCAAACCCUGACUGAAAUGGAGAUUCCAGAAAGCUACAUAGAAUCCCUGCCUAAGAGCGGGAGAGCAAUCCUUGGAGAAACUAUGUACAGAUACAUUACAGAAGAAUACUUCGAUCCAGACUAUUUUCUGACUUCUAUUGACUUGUCGUCCGAGCAUAAGAUAGUCGACCUUAAAAACAAGCUGGAAGGAUUAGUGGUGAUUUGGACAAGGAAACUGCAUUGCAAGGAUACAAGGUCUUCUUGGGGUUCAGGUGUUAGUGCAGAGAAGAGAGAGAUUUUCGAAGAAAGAGCAGAGUUGAUUUUGCAAAUGCUGAAGCAAAAAUUCCCUGGACUUCCUCAAUCAGACCUAGAAAUCUCCAAAAUCCAAUUUAACCAAGAUGUGGGGCUGGCAAUUCUUGAAAGCUAUUCAAGAAUUAUAGAAAGCUUGGCUCACACAGUAUUGUCAAGAAUCGAGGAUGUCAUGCACGCCGACACUUAUGCUAAAACUCCGAGUAUAGAACAUAGAAGGUUCUCCUUUAAAAGGCCCUCAUUUGUGAAGCCACCACAGAGGGUUCAAUCUGUGACAGAAGAUGAUUCUAGUCAUACACCAACAUUGUUUGACAUGAUGGGUUGGAACACCAAUGACCAAGAUAACGAAAUGGAAACGGAUCUUCAAGAUGAAGAUGAUCCAAAACAACUCAACAAAUUUUCUAACAUUGUCACAGACAAUAAAGUAUCCUACACAGAGAGAGUAGAGAGUUUAGGUGGUCUUCGAAGCCCAACGGCACGUCACUAGGAUUCUUCUAUUCGACAAGACUUACAUGCAUUUUGGACUUGUACAUAAACAGGAAAAAUCAUAACAAUUUUCUAUCAAGUCGAAGUCCUCAUUCUGCACUCUUUAGUCAUCCCUGAUCAGUUCAUUCAUUAUUCUUACAUUGGUAACUGCAUCUAUCCUAUCACUGAGCAUACCUGUAAACUAAAUUUCAUGUGCAGCAUACAUUCUAGUCUCCA